AUGAAUUCUCCGAGAACGGAUCGAUCCUCACUGAAUAGGAUGAUUCUUUGCGUGGAGAAAGACUAUGAGAACGAUGAACAAGGUGGCGAACAGCAGGACCAGAACCAGCAACAUAAUCUCACCGUUGACAGCGAAUUUCGGGUCAUCGAUGAUGAAAACUUCACCGUCUUCAGACUUGUUGGGGACCAAGGAAGAUAUUCCCCAACAUUCUAUUACCUUUAUGGUCCUGUAAAGAUUUGUACUUUGGUAAAUGGGAGAGUUCCUCCUCCUCCUCUGUGCCAAACAGAGGAUUUGGGAAGCGAAAAUCUCCAAAGGCUUGCCAAGCAGCUUCAGUUUUACAAACCAACCAAAACAGCGGACAAAGUGGAGGAAAAUGUCGAGCUUGACAUAAAUGAAGAGCCUUGUUAUGUAAAAAUGAGGGAAAGAAGGGCAGCUGUUCUGAUAUGCCUCUUUGAAGGUCCUGAGGGUGAGCUAAGAGUUAUUCUUACUAGAAGAUCAGUGAACUUGGCUUCACAUCCAGGUGAUGUAGCAUUGCCAGGUGGGAAAAUGGAGGAGGGAGAUAAAGAUGAAUCUGCAACUGCACUGAGGGAAGCCAUGGAAGAGAUUGGCCUAGAUUCUAGUCUAGUUCAAGUUGUAGCUAAACUAGAAAUCUUUUUAUCGCAGCACUUACUCACAGUUGUCCCUGUGAUCGGACUAGUACCCCGGAUAGAAGAUUUCGAGCCUCUACUCAACACUGACGAAGUCGAUGCUAUAUUUGAUGUCCCACUGGAGAUGUUUCUCAAGAAAGAAAAUCACAGAUUUGAGGAGAGAGAAUGGAGUGGAUGGAAAUAUGUUGUUCAUCAUUUCGAGUUCGAGUCCAAGCAAGGAGAGUUUCUAAUAUGGGGACUAACUGCAAGCAUUCUGAUUAGAGCUGCCUCUGUUAUCUACCAGCAGCAAUGUCCAUUCUUCCAAACACAUCUCCCUGACUUCCAAACUUUGCAAAAAACCUUGCAUACUGUUGACUCUAAUGUAGCAUGA